AUCAGUAGAUUAUACAUUGAAGAUCAUACAUGCAGAUUAGAUCAUUGUAUUGAAUUUUUGUCCAAAUUUUGAGAGAGUUUUCCCUCAUAUUGGAAUUUUACACUGUGAAUUAUAUGGGUUGAUGAUUUCUUUGCCAGGGAACAACAGAAGAGGCAAGCUGCAGUUCAGACGGAACAGGGAAAAAGCCAGUCAGGAAGGUUUAAUAUCGAAACAUGUACUUGACAAUAAUGAGUCGGAUUCAAAGAAAAAGGUUCUAGCUGUUUUAGGUGUCUCUACAAAUUUUGGCAACAAGAAAAACAAAGAUGCGAUUAGCAAAGCAUGGGAUGCCUGUUCCCUUUUUCUUGAUUUCUUUAGUUACUUUCUGUCAAAUGCUGCUAAAAAGAAGGCCAACUGAGCAGCACCAUUUUAACUAUGCAAAAACCAUAUAAUAUUCGAGAUUGGAUACUUUUACCACAGAUGUGUAUAUAAAUAAAUAAUAUAUAUGCUAAUUAGCUAAAAAAUAUGCCCCACCAUGGGGCCCGUGUUGGCACGGGCCAACUCUGCCUAGUUGAAUUAAUAAUUUAGUUCAAAGUCCAAAACUCGUAUAAACACAUGAAGUCUUUUAAAGAAAUAAUCAUAUUUGCAGAGAAUA